AUGAGUUAUUAAGAUUCAUACAUUAUAGAAGGUGAUUUAGGAAGUGGAGAAUUUGGUUAAGUUAAAUUUGCUUAAUCAAAAAAGGAUAAAAAUUUGAAAGUUUGUGUAAAAAUAUUAAAGAGUACAUUAUCAUAUGGAAAGAAGGAAAUUACACCUUUGUAAGAAAAAGAGCUUGAUCUCUGCAAGUAAAUGAAGAAUAUAAACCAUCAAAAUUUAGUUUAAAUUUAUGAUGUUUAUGAUUCUGAUGUUAAUGAUGAUAAUAAUUAUAUAUUUAUGGAAAGAUGUGAUCUCAAUUUAGAUGAAUUGAUGAACAAUACUAAGAAUGAAUAAAACAAAUAAAACUAAAAUUUCUCUAAAGAACAAUUACUUGAUAUAAUUACUUAAAUAGCUAAAGGUUAUAACUCAUUAAUAUCUUAAAAUAUCAUACAUAGGGAUCUUAAACCAUAGAAUAUACUAUGUAAUAUUAGAAAUAAUGAAUUAAUAGUCAAAGUAGUUUUAAUUUAAUAUAUUGUAAGAUUGCCGAUUUUGGUCUUAGUAAAUAUGCAUAAACAAAUAAAAUUAUGACAAAAAAGGUUGGAACACCAUAUUAUUAGGCUCCAGAGGUUAAAGAUAGUUAAUCUUACGAUAACAGAUGUGACAUUUUUUCUGUAAUAAUCUUGUAAUCAUUUAGUUAGGAGUAAUAAUAUUUGAAUUGGCAUUACUAUAAAGAUAAUUUAAGAGAAAGGAAAUAGAAAGUUUAAAAUAAAAAUCUUUCUCUGAAUUACAUUCAGAUGUGUUAAAACCAAAUUUAGUAGGUAUAAAAAUUUUAUUAAUCAAAAAUUUAGAUGAAGAUAUUAUUAAAUUAUUAGAUAAAAUGAUAGUAUAUGAUUUCAAUAAACGAAUAACAUGGGAAAAAUUAUUAAAAUAUGAUAUAAACAGCCCAGAAAUUUAAUUUUAUUAAAGUCCAAAUCAUUAUAUUAAUUAGCCAUAAUUAAUUCAAUCAUAAUAAUAAUAAGAACAAUAUAAUAAUUAAUCAUAAAAAUAAGAGAUAUUGUAAAAUAACUUUCAAUAAUUUUCCUAAAAUUAGGCUAAUUAUUCUUCUGGUCAAAAAUAGAUAAAAAAAUAAAAUUCACUCCAACCAGAGUUCCUGUAAAGUUAUUAAGAUAAAAAGGGAUAACAACCACUUUAAAGAUUAUCCACAAUAGUAUAAGGUCAAACCUAAUAAUCAUAAUUUACUCCAUAGGCUGCUUAAUAAGUUUUACAAUUCAAUCAAUAACAACCAAGGUAUGUAGAGAUUAUUAUAAUUAAGAUUACAAUAAUAAGAACAAUAUGGUUCGGCAAUAAAAUAGGGAUAAAUAGGAUUACAUAUAAAAUAACCAAGUCAACCAGGAAAUUAAGGAUAAUUAAACUUACCAGGAUAACUUACUUACUCAGGAAUAUCAGUAUAAUCAGGUUUUACAGGAUAAUAAGGAUAACCAGUAUUUCAAAUAUAAACAGGUAUUAUGGGAUAACGAGGUUUACAAGAUUAACAAAUAAGAAAUUAAUUUUAAUAAAAAAUUCCUAAUUAAAAUCAAAAUUAUUAAAUAUAAUUCUAGCAGUAAAACUAAUAAAAUCUAUAUUAAAAAGGUGAUAAACAAUUUUAAUGUAAACCAGUAAAUUGA